AUGUGCAGAUACCAAGAGACCAAUUGCUUUGGGAGGGGGAGAUUUGACCCAAUAAUAUUCAACUCCUGCUCAGCUGAAAGGGUCAGUGCAGCGGUCGCGCGACGGAGGGUGAUUAUCACUCAGCUCUCACCCUGUCUAUUGCGCACUCACCCUACUCACCCCCGGUCGCGCGACGCUAAAGCGGCUCUCACCCACUUCUCACCCGGGCGGCACCCACCCGACUAUUGUCCGCACAUAAGCCACACGCCGGUCAGUUAG